AUGACGCAAGGCCCCUCUUUAUAUUCCCACCUCAGCUGAACUUGCUUGGGAAGCUCAGUGACUUUGAACUCGAAACACAGUGAUCAAUUUGGACUUAUUAUAUAUACCACCUCACUCUUUCCUCUGCACUUCCACACCUAAAACAACAGAGUCGACUAUUCAGAUUGAGAGAGAUGAUGAUGAGCAGCGACCGCAUCACACUUCCAAAGGGUUUCCGAUUCCAGCCCACCGAGGAGGAGCUGCUGAGUCAUUACUUGGUCAAGAAGAAUCAUCAGCGCAAGGAUCCCGAAAUCGAGGCGAUCAUCCCUGACAUCAAUGUGUGCGAGCACGAGCCUCGCGACUUACCAGCCCUGGUGUUCACAAGGGCGAAAUUUCUGCCGGCCUCUUCGAACAUGGAGUGGCACUUCUUCAGUCGGCGAGUUUUUAAACACAGCAAAAGCGAAGGCAAAGGUAAAGGCAAAAGCAAAGGCACUCAAAUCAACAGGGCUACCAAGGAAGGCUCCUGGAAGAAGCAAGGCGAUGACAAACGAAUCACUCGGCCCUAUUCUGAUAAGCAGAUCGGGGGGAAGAGGAUCUUGACCUUCUACCUACCGAAGAAACAGAGGACUGACUGGGUUAUCCAUGAGUAUUAUCUCACUAAGCCCAAUUCUGAUGAGCAGAUCGGGGACUUUGUUCUCUGCCGCUUGAAGCACAAGUCAGGCAAGUCUGAUGAUGAUCAGCAGGAUGAUCCACUGUGCGAUGGAGGUGAACCUAAUAGCGGUAGCUGCAGUAUGGUCUCCAAUGUUGAAGAUCAAGGAUCCAAAGAGCUGGGAACUGUUCUUCCGAUUCCCAAUGGCAAUAAUGAUGAAGCUGAACAUGGUGGCGGUAGCUGCAGUAUGGCCUUUGAUGUUGAAAAUCAAGCAUCCAAACACCUGGAAAAUGAUCUUUUGAUUCCCAAUGGCAAUGAUAAUGAAGCUGAACAUGGAAGUAGCUGCCCCAUCACCUCUGGUUUCGAUAAUGAAGCUGCAGCAGAUGGUAUGCUUACAGAAGCAGAAGAAUACCUGGCAUUCAAGAAGCUGGAAGAAUUUUAUGGCAAUGAGCAAGAUGUUAGAGGCUCGCAAACUGAUCCAUGUUGUAUUGAUAAGAAUGAUCUUUCGAUCUCUGUCAAAGGUCAACCUGCUGAUAGCUGCAAUUCAUCUGAUUCUGAUAUGGUUGAAGAGUUACUUGAUGAGCCAGGACAUCUGGCCUUACCCCUUCAUCCACCUUCGUUACCUCAACUGCAGUCACCAAUAUACACAAAGCUUGUCACCACCAAUGCCCAUAAUGAUGAAUCUCGUAAGAGGAAAUAUCCAUUUGGGGAUAAUGAUCCUUUUCUUACGAAGAAAAAUCAUAUUGAUGUAGAUAGCAACUCUUCAUCAAAUUCUGAAAAUCAAGCUGCGGAUGCGAUUCCAGAGGGAUAUUCUCAACCAGGAGAAAAUCUGGGAUUUGAUUCAUUUCAGUCGCAGAAACUACCAUCAAUAAACAGAGAACAGGGAGAUUUUCCCCAUGACAAUAAUUUAAUUGAAUGGGAUAAGUUGCCAUCUAUAACAGAAGGUUUUGACUCUUCUCUCGAGUUCUCAGAUACAUUUAUUGAUUGCUACCUCUGUGACAGAAACACCGAAGUCAUCUCUGUAUCAGUAAACGAUUAUUCUACAUCAGCCAUUGGAGAAAUACUCCAAUGUAGCUAAUAAACCUUUAUUUAUAGGAGAAUAUCAAUGGAGGCCGAUCAGUAAUAAUGUAUCUCUAACUCACAUUAUUACAGUCGGUGAUAUUCUCCUACAAAUGGUUCAAAGAUCUCCAAGUUAUAUGAAAUGCUCAGCUGUGUUGAUUGGCAUACACUCGCAGCUGUUCUGCAUUUCUUGCACUGGAGGCUUUGGAAACUUCUUAAUCGUUUUGGGAUACGGUUACAACUCAGGACAGCUGAACUAGUCUGUACCUUUUUUUCUCUCUUUCAACCAAGAGUUCACUGUCCCAGCAUCCCCCAGUGAACUCUUGGUAGAGAGACCAGCCAAUGCAUAUGGUUGGAAUGCCACCUGGAAAUCUACCCUUUUCUGAAUGCAACAAGUCCAGGAAAUCUACCCUUUUCUCGUAAGCAGUUCCUCAAAGGUGGAGCUUCCCCUGUUGACAUUACUACCGAUAUUCAUUCCUCAGAUUGUCUUGUCCAUAAAAGUACCAAUACUCCUUUCUCUGGUCAAACAUCGUGUCAAUUGAAGUACCGAUAUUUGUUCCUCAUAUCCAUAGUUUUCGAAUGUCCUAAAAUCAAAGGACAUAAGUAUCCAUACCUUCUUCCCCAUUAGUGAAUCCUCAGGAUCACCAAUAGUCAUUCAUCAAGCAGAUAGUCUGCAAUUAGUAUGUCCUCAAGAUCAAAGAACAUACGCAAAACAUCAAUAUCAUCCAAUAUUGAUGACAAUCACAGAACUAAACAUGGGAGGUGCUCCUAGAAGAAUCCGACUGCAGAGCAGCAUCACAAGCAAAGGUUGGUGAAGAUGCAGAGGCAUUAUCUUGCUGUUUAUCUUCCCCAGAAGAAACUGAAAGUCCUGGAAGCUGACAACAGUCCGGAGCUGGCAGCAAUUAAAGGAUUCUUUCAUUUUCCAGGAAGCAUCUCCUUUCAAUCUGUAGAACAUACAGACCGAAUUCAUAGUUCUAGCCUAAAAGGCCACUAUGGACAAACAACUGUUGCAUAGUCGCUAAUCUGGAAGCGGCAUUACAUAGCAACUGCAGCAUAACUGCUGAAGUCUCAAAGACAUUGAUAAUAAUCAGGCAGCAGCAUUCUGUCUGGUUAUUAAAAGAAGAAGUUUUGGGCUCCGUCUUUUAAUGGAGUAGCCGAAGAGGCCACUAUGGGCAACGCAACUGUUGCAUAGUCGCUAAUCUGGAAGUCGAAUUACAUAGCAGCUGCAGCAUGGCUGCUGAAGUCUUGAAGACAUUAAUAAUCAGGCAGCAGCAUUCUGUCUGGUUAUUAAUAAAUGAAGUUUUGGGCUCCAUCCUUUAAUGGAGUAGUAGUUUCAAUCAUUUCUGAGAUGUAUGAAUACAAUUAAAGGUCAUAGAGAGGGGACUUCAGACUGAGAGUCUGACCCAUGCCUACAACCAAAAAUUGUAUUGCUGUUCAUAUUAACAAGAGCAUUACACUAAUAUUAUUUGUACAUUUUGUUCAUUAUGAAGCUUUAAUGUUCAAUGGAAUUUUGUGUAUUC